UAUGCUUAGACGAUUAUGUUGUUUGUGUACCAUUUUCGUAUUUUGUGUUGAACGUAUGAAGCGCGUUAUGGCUUGUACGCACGUAUCCGACACUAUGGUGUUUCUGAAUCAUAAAGUAUUUGUGGAUAAUAUUUACUCGCUGAAUAAAUUUUUUGACGAAAAUAUAGAAAAAGCUUUUGUCAAAACCGAUCUCUUCUGUAUUGCCCAACCGUACGAUAGAAAAUUCGGCACAAGUGAGCACAACUUUGGUGAACCAAAACCCAAGAAAAGGAAAAAGGCGGAGAAUGUUGAUGAAACUACAGCGAAGGUUCAACGUAAUCAUGCUAGAUUUCUUCAAAUAAUGGAACGGUUUGAAGUGACAAAUGAUACACAGAACUCAAAAGCUCUCGAGUUAGUCAACGAUUUCAACAAACAAGAUUGCUAUGAACCGAAUACAACUUUCAAAGGAGCCAACCCCUCAAACUUUGCUGUAAUAUGCAAGUUUUUCAAUCAAUCGUAUCUUAUUCCUCCACACUGUCGAUUUUUCAACUCGGAUAUAAGUAAUUUAGAAAAUCUCCUAGAUCACAACGAAAGGUUUGAUCUCAUCGUACUUGAUCCACCCUGGUGGAACAAAUAUAUAAGGCGCACCAAAGCCGUCAAUGGCAAAAUCGGAUAUAAUAUGCUAGAUAAUGAAAGCAUUGAAAAUAUCCCGCUGGAGAAUUAUAUCCACAAUGACAGCAUCGUUAUCAUCUGGUGCACUAAUGCGCCAACGCAUAUGAAUGCAAUCAAAGGAAAAUUUCUGAAGAAAUGGAAACUAAGGUUAUUGUGCAAGUGGUUUUGGGUGAAAAUAACCACUAACGGAGAGCCCGUUUGUAGCUUCAAGGAAAGCAAUAAGAAGCAACCGUAUGAGCAAAUAUUCGUUGCGACGAGCGAGAACAAUGCCAAGUGGAACCUACCCCCAGAAAGAUUCAUCUACAGCGUUCCAAGCGCAUUUCACUCGAAUAAACCACCACUGAUAGAUUUAUUUUCUGAUUUGCUACCCGAGCAUCCAAAGUGUUUGGAAAUAUUCGCGCGUAAUACUUAUCCGAACUUUACGUCGAUCGGAUCUGAAGUUUUGAAACUGCAAAACGCAAAACUUUUCGAAAUACUUGAAAGUAUAAGGUAA